GGGCAGAAGCGCUACCACCCCGCACUCGCUGUUUUUUUCUUUUUUUUUCUUUCAGGCACUGAUGCAACUGAAGCAGCCUGUGGUCGCAAGUCCUCUCUGGCAUCUCUCAUCAAGAUGCUGAACAUCUAGUGUCUCAAAGCUCUCUACCUACAGAGCAGUGUACUAUGGUGAAGUAAGUGGUGAGUAAGUUGGGUAGGAUGUCUUCACUUUGAUAUUCCGCCGACAACCCGGGAAUUUUCAUACACAUACACCAAAGAAGGUGGGUCGCUCACGAUGGUGAGCGGACGAGUUGGGACUGGGCCGCAUUGCUGCUUACCCAGUAGCGGAUGCCCACAAUACCAAGACAUGAACGGUGUGUAGUCGCAUCUACCCACUAUGGUUCAGUCGGAUCUGCUGUCUUGUCAUACAUAUUGAGACUGCUGCGUACCCGGUGCUUAUGAUCCAAAGCCUGCCUGCUUGCUCAACUCACCGACCGUUCCGGCUCCCUCUCUCAUCGUUCCAUUCCUCUUCCCUCUUCCCGUUCAACCCCCCGUCUCUUCCAUUGGUUGUUUCGUGUCACACAGUCGUCGGCAUUGCCCAGCAUGGAAGGACUGCCACCCGGGAUGGAUCCGUCGCAGAUUCCCUUUGCGCCGAACCCAAGCGGAGCACCCCCGGACUUUGAGGGCGGGGAGUCACUCACACCCACCGUUCUCGGUACCGGCGUGACCUUCAUCAUCAUUGCCGGGCUUUUCGUCGUGAGCCGGGUCAUCACUGGACUGAAGAAGUCACGGAAGCUAUUCGCAGACGACUGGCUUUGCGUGAUAGGUCUGAUCGUCGGGAUCGCACAAUGGUCUUGCCUAUACACCAGCAUGAGCAAGGGCUUGGGGAAGCACUCCUGGGAUGUCCCCAUCACGGCCCUCACCGUCGAGAUUCGCCUAGCUGACCAGUUGCUCGGCUCCAUCACCCACUUCGCAGUGAAGGCCUCCCUCGUCUUCUUCUUUUUGCGUCUCUUCGGCACCCUGACCUGGGUCCGAAUGACCUGCUACGGACUCCUGACCUUGACGUUCCUAGCCUAUGGCUCGUACGAGGUCAUCGUGCUUGCCUUUUGCAUCCCCCGGCCAGGCGAGGAAUGGGGCAACGUCGUCCUCGCGAGGUGUGCCACUACUGCCCCUGCCACCAUCGCCGUCAAUGUCUGCGCCGUGGUGGCCGAUCUGGCCCUUUUCAUCAUGCCCUUCCCCAUCAUCGCCGGGUUGACGUUGAGUCGGCCCAAGAAGAAGGGUUUGCUGGUUGUGUUUUUGAUUGGGUUCCUCGUCGUGGUCACCAGCAUCGUCGGUCUGGUCUACAGAGUCAGGGUAUCCUACUACACCAUCGAUCCCAUCUGGGACGGCGGCAAUGUAGCCAUCACAGCCUACAUGGAAGUCUUUGGCACCGUCAUCGUGGCCUGCACACCCGCCCUCCCGGGUCUCUGGAGCAACGUCCUCAGCGAAUCAGCCUUCUUUUCAUCCCUCCGCUCCCGCAUUCUGGGGUCUCGCUCCCGCAGGACGGGCGAUAGCAAUGUCAGUGGCAGCAUGCCCACCGCGAGAACGUACCCGCCGCCGACGUUCCAGAACGAGUCAAUCUCCAAGGCGUCGUUCAGGACUGGGUCGCAGAGGGAGCUUGUGGGGGACGAGGACGGGAUGGAUGAGUAUCCGUUGAAGACGAUCCAGAAGACGAUGAGCGUUAAUGUGAGCAGGGCUGAGAACAAUGAUGGCCAGACUGGGGGAGAUGGUGAUGCAAGGAGGAAGAAGAGUAAUGGCGGGUGGGAGGAGUUGGGGGAGGGGAACUGUGAGAGUACUGUUAAGGGGGGGAAUGCGAGGUGUUGA